CAUGAAGUCUCCCGAUAGGAAAAACAAGAAGAUAAUCGACUUUGAACUGGACGUUGUCGAAGAGGAGCAGACUUCUUGGGCACAAAGAACUGGCCUACCACCGCCAUGUGCAAAGAAAAGUCGUCCACUGGGGAACGCAACGACGGCAAACCGUGUCAAGGCCCAGACGUCCUACCGUAUGAGCACCCCGGGAACAGGCCUGUCGACACCCACCAAGAAUACGUUUACGCGCACGCAGACCUUCUAGACGCAUCAACCGACCAUAUCCUUGUACCCGUCCCUUCCUUCGAGAGCCUGCCGACAAGCAAUGCGGACUUGGAUGACAGCAAGUCACCCAGUGUACCUUGGGCAAAUUUACAUUCAAAAGGCCGUGUGAGAAGUGGGCCCAAACCACGCGGUGGGUGUAUGAAGCAGAAAACGUUUAAACCGAUUACCAACGUGCGCGUAUCGUUCUGUGGAUCGACGCUGGAGAAAAAUAACGGCUUGCAGAAAGAGCAAAAACGCGCGCUGAAAGAGAAGCAAAUUCCCUGCACAGACGACGGGACUAAUGACAGAGCACAGGACGUGAACGUUGGGGACAUGUCUAAGAAUUUUUCGGGGAAACAUCACAAUUACCAUGGAUACCACUUGGUGGGGACACCGAUAACUACCGAGGGUGCGGCUUCGAAGACAGUCGAUUGCGUGAAAACAGCCGAGUCGGGUAAAGACAAGAUGAAGGAGGUUCGACUUUGUGUGGCGCACCGGGAGUUCUUACAAGACGGUCAAAGGUCGUCGGGUGGGCGACCUGCGGCUACGCCGUACAGCACACCGAGAACACGUGACACUGAUAACGAACUCGUACUUACCACCAAACUAUAUCCACCUACCCUGGAGUCCGAUGAACACACAACUCAAAGUGAUGACGCGUCUACCCCGAUGCCAUCGAAGGCCAUCGCAGGAAGAUUUAAUUCGACCUCCAAGAAAAAGAAAAAGGAGCCGUGUAGAGUAUAUUCUGCGAGCACCACUUCAUCCAUCACCGUCCCUUCUCCACGCUCGCUUCUCCACCCGUCCAUCGCAUCCAUACAUUGCAAGAAAGAAAAUACCCCCAUCGUGAGUAAUUUUGCGAUCUUGCGAUGCUCUGACAACAAAGGGGGUACCUUCGCGAAACUACUAAAGAAUGGUGUCCCGGUAAAGAGAAAUGGCCAGAAUAAAAAGAAAGGAGAAAAGGAAAGGAAAAAUGCGGUCUGCAAGUCACCGGAGUCACCGGUUUGUAGAAGGACUACGGUUGAGCUGACCGAUCGUGAAGUCAGAGGACAGAAGUUUAAAAUGUACGACGAGAUGCCGCAGAGGGCGCUCCAAAAACGACCCAUCAGACGAUCUCCUGAGCAUUCUUCCCGACAAAGUGCCAAUAUUCAAAACCGAGGUUACCGUUCAGCUCGGGUUAACGCGCCCAACUUCCAAGCAGACGACGCACCGUCGAAAUUCAUCCAGAAAUUUGGCGCCAACCGAUUGUCGCAAAACAACAAGGACGGUCAUCAGCAUUGUCGGAUGCCGACCUAUGGUUAUGCCAAAAACAACUUCUUAGGCCACCCUCCCAGCCAUAGCCGCAUCCAAUCUGCUGAUACCGCCUCAAGAAAAACAAGCCCUCUACGACGGGUCGUUGAUAUCUCAGAACAGGCCAUGAACAGUCUGGUGAAUGAAGCCAUUCGAGAGAAGAAGACCAACCAGCACGUUUCCGGUGGGGACAUCGUGAAAUCUCUUCAGCGUCAUUUCAGCGAUCUGCGCAAAUCACAGAAGCGGUCUCCGGGCUAUGAGAUGUACACGCGGUUCAUCCCUGUCCAAACAAGUGAAAAAACCGGCAAUGAAAUAGGUAUGCUCCGACCCAGUAGCAGCCCCGUUCCCCGGCUGAACGUGCCCAAGGAGCCCGUCUUCAACAUUAAGGAGACGCUACCAGUACCACCCCAUCCAUACCUGACCCCUCCUCCACCCUCCUCCGCAUCGGCUCCCCCUCCCGUCGACAAGGCAGAGUCUCCUCGAGGAGCUGGAAGGGCGGUCAUGGCAACGGGUAUCACGAAGCGGAACGCAGUGAGCGCUACGGAUGCGAGCGGUGCAACACUUGGACAAGUUGAGGAAUGGGACGCCACUUAUCGGCUGGAGAGAAAAGUCAGCGCUACUGUGAAGGGAGCCGCCUACGUUCGGAACAUGAGAAACGAUCAGCGAACGCGAGCAUGGGUUGCGGAUUUGGCAUCCGACUUUGCUCCCAAUAAUGUCUCAGAACAAUGAAAAUGAUUUAAGCUAACUCUAAAAACGUACGAUAUAUCAGUGGCUUCCUCGAGGCUGGCUGGUAAAUGCCAUUGUUAACCGUUGCUCUAACCAUGGCAUAAUUAUGUGAACGAGCCUUUAUUAGAAGUUUGGAUGACUGCAUGGUCUCUUUUUGUUUUUGCUGAAAUACGUACACUGUAGGUGGAUCUUGGGGAAGAUAACAAAUAAAAAUGUGACCGAAAACAGUCUUCCUAUGGCGAAGGAGAUAUGGGAAACAAGAGGUAUACACGGGCUGGUAGAAAUGAUGUAAACAAGGUUAUUUUGAAGUCCGUUUCAGCCGAUUAGGAAAUGAUUCCAUGGUUUCAUACUUCUUUACUUUAAAAAACACAGCAGCAUGACUGAAAAAACUACUUAUUCGUGGUAUGAUAAGAGGUCAUGACGGAAAAACAAGAUGUUUUGCAUCCUGCUUUGUCUUGUUGCCUCUUCUUGAACAUCCUUGGAAAUUUUGAAAGAAGAAGAAUACAAGCCAAGUGUUUUUAGACCUAUUUCUUGCUCAAUCAACAUGUUUU